UGGUAAGACACACCAGUUUGCAAAACGAGCUGUUUUGUACAGCUAAAAAUAGCUGGACACGGAUGAGACCGGAAGCCAGACCCGUAAAUUUGACAAAUUCGGCAAAAAUAAGGUGGAUACUGUCAACUGAAUGCUCAAAUAAAGCUAAAAUAAAUAAAUAAAUAUAAAUUACAUUACACACACGUACGUAUGUGUGCAUGUACGUAUAGCUUAUUUAUACUGUUAAAUACAGUAUGUUAUUAAGUGGUCUAAAAUGAACAAAAAUAUUUCGUCUCUCCAACAUUAACUCAAACGAGUUGAUGGUACUUGUUUCUACUGUAAAAUAUAAUAUCCUGUGUGCCUUUAUUUUGAAACAAGUCGUCACGUCCGGACCGUUUGUUUUUUUCACCCGUGUCAAAAACAUACCGCGUUUUUAAGCAGCAGUACUGAAGAUGAUGGGAACCAGCUUUCUGAGUGCAGACAGAGCUCGCAGUCCGCCGGUGAAAGUGUUGUCCAGCCAGCUGCGUGAAGGCAAAGAGUCCCAGACAGCAAGCGGGAAAUCAGAGUAUGUUAUCAGACGACUGGGUCCCGGUGAACAGCGCUCGUUACAGGUGUCUGUGGUCUGGAUGCAGGGGACUGUGCUGGAGGUGCAGUCCGAUCUAAACACAGCGCUCAUCCUGGACGAGACCGGGAACUUUGUCGUCAGCGGCAUUAACAACGUGCCGAAAGGAAAACCCUGUCUGAGUCCUGGUAAAUACGUCAUGGUUAUGGGUGUCAUCCAGUCACACAAUCCAGAGCCGUUGCUGCGCGCUGUGAAGAUGGCAGAUCUUUCUGAAAACGCUUUGAUUCACAGGAAAAACUGGAUCUAUGAAGUAGAAGAUCUCCAGCAGAUUUUGCCAUAAUAAUUUUUUUUCACAAGACUGAUGUUUUCGUUCCGGUGCAGCACUUAUAUUUGCCAAGCAAACAGAGGGAACAAACUGAAAUUGCAUUACACGACAAGACUUUUAAGGGUGAAAGCAUAUACAUAUUUAUUUAUAUAAUAUGUUUCUUUAUUUGUUUGAUUACAGAAAGAACUGAGAUAAAUUGCACUGUAAUGUUAGAGAUUUCUUUAUAUUUGUGAGGUUAAAUAAAAUUAUUUUAUAAAAUAUUAAA